AUGACGGAUUGUCUGGACUUCGGCGAGGGCUCUGUGACCGGGGACAUGUGCGAGGACCUCUGCAGGCUCGGUCUGGUCCAGUACAAGCGCUGCCUUUACUACGAGAACGGGAAGAAGGUGAUUGAGGCUCGGUGGAGGGGAAACCCCAUCAUCCUCAAGUCCAAACUGGAAAACUUCUCGUCCUAUGAGCCCCUGGGGAUCCUGGACUACCAGGAGGACGCAGCAGAGGAGCUGUCGGCUCUCGAUGUCGUGUUCUACGCCACCAUGGAGGUCCGAAACUCGUUGGGGCUUUCUGACGAUGCUGAGGACGAGGAGGGAGGAGGAACCAACGGCUCAAUGGCCAAACUUUGGGGGAAGAAGCUGAAGAUCAGAGAGAAGAGUUACUCCAGAGCGGAGCUGGGCUCUCUGUGGUCGCUGCUUCAGCAGGAGGAGUACACCUUCCUCAGAGUCCUGCAGGACCUCAGCCCUCACGUGGCCAAGGUGUUGGGCUCCUGCGGUCACUUCUACGCAGUGGAGUACCUGUCGGCCGGACAUGCCUGGGACCAGAACAUCUUCUCCCUGGAGGAGGUGAAUGUUCCUGGGCUGCGGGAUCAGGACCAGGCCAGAGUCCAGGAGAGGUGGACCACCAGGGAGAUGGUCCACCGCAUCGCCAUCAGCUUCCUGGACCUCGUGUGGCACUUCGACAAUGACUUCACCCACCAGCUGCACCUGUGCGACAUCAAACCUGAGAACUUUGCCAUCAGACAGGACCUGACGGACGAGGCGGGACGCCGAGUGUCCUCCAGGACCAAAGUACCGGGACAAAUCAAGUCUUAG